GUGGCCUUGGCGACGGAUCGGAGCGGCUCCCGGGGGCGAUGAGCGACUCGCGUCCGCCUGGGGGCGUAUAAGAAACGACAUGGAAGCGGUUGGAAAAUUUGAAUUCAGCAGGAAAGAUCUGAUCGGGCAUGGAGCUUUUGCCGUGGUCUUCAAAGGCAGGCACAAAGAGAAACCCGAAGUCGAGGUGGCCAUCAAAUGCAUUAACAAGAAAAACUUGGCCAAAUCCCAGACUCUCUUGGGGAAGGAGAUCAAGAUAUUGAAGGAACUGAAACAUGAUAACAUCGUGGCUCUCUAUGACUUCCAGGUAGGGAAGCGUUGACGGUCAAGUCAGUGGGUGAAGCGAAGAUGUUGUUCGAUUUGCUUUUUAUAGGGGAUGACAAACUAGGAUGAAGAUUUGAUGAAAGCUCCAGUUAGGUUGACCUCUAAACCCAUGGGGCUGGAGGUCUUUAGCUGAAAUGGAAGACUUUGUAUAUAGAAUAUUAGAAUAGGGAAUAUUCUUUAUUGGCCAAGUGUGAUUGGACACACAAGGAAUCGUUCUCCGGUGCAUAAGCUCUCAGCGUACAUGCAAACAACCAAUAUAAUGAGAUACCCAGAGGAGAAGGUAGUGGAAAAAAUGAGAAGGAUAAUAGUAAUAUUGACCUACUAUAUGGGUAAAAUAUCUUUAGAUGUAAGGCAGUGCUGUGGGAAUUAGGUGUUCCGCAGAGUGAUCGCAUGAGGAAAAAGAAAUCUAGUUUUGGCAUGCAAUGGCAAAAGGCAAUCCUUAAAAAGCUUUUAUGUAUAU